AUGGUUCGAAAAGGGGCGUGGAAGUGGACUUUCGCCGUCAAUGCUCCCUUCGGACAGAUGGCUGCUGAGAUGGACCCCAUGCGUUGGAGCUAUGAAUUGAGGCUUGAAGAUUUGAUGGAGGACAUAUAUCAAGCAUCACUCAAGGAAGCGUUUACCAGGAGUGACAAGAGGGUGACCAUCCUCUUUGACGGUACUGUGAAGGAAGAGUACUCUCAUCCAACGGAUGCACUCCUAAAGUUGGAAGAACUUCGCAAAAAGGCAGUGACAGAAAACCAAGCAGAGGAGGGUUGGGCAGAGCAGGCUCUGAAAAGCGCUCAAGGUGUUGCUGUGGGAGCCGUUGUGGGAGUGGCGGCGGUGGGAGCCAUCGCUGCGGGAGCGGCCUUUGCUGCAAGCCCAGCAGGGGUUGCUUUGGGCGCGUCUCUGGCUACGGCGGCUGAGGGUGCAGGAGGGCUUGUCGCUGCAGGUGCUGCAGCCGCUUCCAACAUGACAUUUGCGCAGGGCGCUGGUGUUGUAUUGGGGUUGAGCGCCGCAGCCAAUAGAUCCCAGACGCCAGGUGUGGGCAGAGAUGAGCUCAACUAUCGCGGCGACUCAGAGGAUCAGCGUCAAAGUGGCCCAGCAGAAGAUCUCCGACGGUUCAAAAAUCGAUUCGUCGUUCUAUCUACGAAGUACAUGCAAAAUGAUCUCCCGGACUCUUGGUCUUCCAAAAUGCCGGAAUGUGGCCCAGAUGAGCCGCUGACCUCACCUGUUUACAAAAUAGACAGGGAGUGGCGUGACCAAAUAGAAAAGUUUCGGCCUCUGGCCAAUGCCAAUUACUGGUUGCGCGAAAUUUGCCAUUCCCCCCCGGCUUUCAUUCCCAAUGCAAGCGCCAAGCAGUGGCAUCCAAGAGAACCAAAGGACGGAUGUCCUUGGCACGGAAAAUCUUACCACCCUUGCGACAGCUGUGGAGGACGGGGGGGGGACUUGUGCAAGUAUUGUGUCGCCCCAUCUUGUGACGGCCAAGAAAGCAAAUGCCCAUAUGCACAACGGCGCAAAGAGCAGGAAAAGAAAGGCUUGAAGCCGCUAGACCCACAGUGCUGGCGGGUCAGAUACUUCCAGAAAUUGCAGGAGUGCAAAAACACUGGGGGCAUCUUCCUUCAGAUUCUCGAAAAGGGCACGGAACUUGGGCCUGGACAGAAGGAGGAGGUCAAGUGGGCCACAAACCUUGGCCUUGAGUGUUGGCACACAUUUGACGGAAUGCACGUGCACCGUGGGUUUCGCUUGAUCGGCUGA